AUGUCACCCAGUAGAGCUGUUUUGGGUGGUCCAGGAUCUUCGAUCAUCUUCAACCAGAAAAUCCGGUGGUGGUCUCAGAUUGCUCAUCAGCUCUCUGUGAUACGUAUGUUUGCCAUUCACUUUGAUGGGAAAAUUGCUCAGAUUUGCAGUGGAUUUGACUGCACCAUUAGUGCAGAAUCAGAGGAUGUGUCCACUAGAAUACUGUUGGGAGACAAUAUAUAUUCUGUUUAUGUUCCUCAAUGCUGCUCCCUUUCUUCACAGUGCAGCCCCCCUCUGGAAGUGAAAGAUUUGUUGGUAGAUAUUAAAGAUGGCAAAAUAUUGAUGGCUUUACUGGAAGUUCUGUCUGGACAAAAUCUGAUGCAGGAAUAUAAGCCUUCUACCCAUCGUAUUUUUCGCCUGAACAAUAUUGCAAAAGCCCUUAAAUUUUUGGAAGACAGCAAUGUAAAGCUGGUUAGCAUUGAUGCAGCUGAAAUAGCAGAUGGAAACUCUUCUAUGAUACUGGGCCUGAUAUGGAACAUAAUCCUGUUUUUUCAGAUUAAGGAACUUACUGGCAACCUCAAUAGGAACUCCUCCUCUUCCAGCCUGUCAUCAGGGCCCAGUGGCCCCGAUUCGGACACCUCUUAUCCCAGCACGCCUAAUGUCGAAAGAAGCAUGUCUGUUUCUGUGAAGGAUCAACGAAAAGCCAUCAAGGCCCUUUUAACCUGGGUUCAAAGGAAAACGAGGAAGUAUGGUGUUGCAGUUCAGGACUUUGCCAGCAGUUGGCGAAGUGGUCUUGCAUUUUUGGCUGUAAUCAAAGCAAUCAAUUCCAGCUUGGUGGAUAUGAAGCAAGCUUUGGAGAAGACGCCCCAGGAAAAUUUGGAAGAUGCAUUCAGUAUAGCACAAGUCCAUCUGGAUAUUCCAAGGCUCCUGGAGCCAGAAGAUGUCAUGGUUGAGUCACCUGAUGAACAGUCCAUUAUGACUUACGUGGCACAAUUUUUGGAACAUUUCCCAGAACUGGAAGGGGAGGAUUUUUCGGAUCCAGACAAGGAGUUUCUGGCUGAAACUACUUACGCCCAUAUGACUGAAACACCCAGGGAAGAGAAAGAAAGGAAGGUUUUAAUUCUGAGUGAAAAUGGGGAAUACACCCAUACUGGUCAUCUAGACAGAAGCCAGUCACCACCUCCAAAAGUUCAUAUUCUUGGAGAUCAGGAGAAGCAACAUUUUCACAUGGCAAAUGAAGAACUUGGUAACCAUUUGGACCAGUCAUUAUCUGAUCAUUCAGAGACACUGACAGAACAACCCAAGAGACCUAGCUCCUUGCCAAUAACAGAACCUGCUGGUUUACAGACCAGUUCUACCACUGAUGUUUUUGCCAAAAACGUGAAUGGAUCUGAAAGGAAUCAACAAAGCACGAGUGAUCAAUCAAAGGAGAGUGAUGACCUUCCUCCAGCCAUGCUUAUGUACCGCAGACAUUCUGUGGAUCAGAUUGACUCUCAGGACUUUACUGGGCCCAAGCCAUCCAGUGAAACAAAAGGGUCACCAGAGAGGAGGACUCGAUCUUUACCAUGGACUUCACGUCCACAUAAAAGUGUACCUCAGCCUCUGACGAAAGAACUUGGAUAUCCGGUUCCAGAUUCUCAAGAAGAAGAGGAAGCUCAUAAAUAUAUAUUGGAAAUCUUGCACCAGGAAAUAGCUAAGCUUCCGGAAAAAUGCAAGGAAGCAGAGCACACUUUGGGGGGAAAGGAAGUGCAUGCUACUGAUCAGAAAAUGGAUGGGUCUGAUUCCAGGGAUACUUUUGAAGCCUCUUGUCCAUCUGAACAUUUAUCCUUUCCAGUCAGAAACACUCCCAAGAGUCUGAAUAUUACCAAUGAAGAUGGGCCCAAGGCUACGGCGAUGCCAAAUUCUUCGAAAGUUUCUGUAAUUCCACAUGACCUUUUCUAUUAUCCUCACUAUGAUGUUCCCAUAUCAGCAGUGUUGGAUGCCUUUGCUAACCCAAGCCCAGACUUAGAUCCAGACCCUUCCCUUGAAGAAAACAACAAAAUCUGCACCAAGCUCCUAGCGAAUUGUUUAGCUGAAAAAGAGCCCGUUGAGCAGUCAGGUCCAAACACCAACGGGAAGGCUACGCCAGCAGGCACGGAAGGCCUGGAAAAGCAGACAAAAGACACUCAUAAAAAGUCUUCCAAUAACAAGUCGGCUGUGGUAGGAAAGGAUAUGGAGCCUAAAGCAAACAGCCAUCCUGCCUCUGCUCAGAAGGAUUCUACUCAUCCAGAUAUCCCUGUGAUUGUAGUAAACCAAUUUGAUAGAACAGCUGAAGAAAGAAAGCUGUCAGAAGAAAGAAGUAAAAAGAAAGAAAAAAGGAAGAAUAGAGCAAUUGUCCAAGGAGAAAACACUCAGAACCCAAAAAUUGGCUCUACCCGGUUAUUCGAUAAGCCAGAAGAGGAACCUACAGACCAUCAGGGACCUUCAAGAAUCAGCCACAGUGAUCCCAAUGUUGUAUUCCAAAGGAAUGUUCAUGAUUCCACCAGUAAGGAAAGCAAUGGUACUGAUGUACAGAACAACACGGCCACAAAUGAAAGCACAAGUUCUGUCAGGAAAAGGAAAGACACUGAAAAGAAAGAAGUCCCGGAAAAAACUACUCCCCAUAGCACCUCUUCACGGACAGAGCAACCUGAACUCUUUUACUUCAUUGUUUUCCUCUGGAUCCUUGUCUACUGCUUGUUGCUCCUUCCUCAGCUUGUUGGCAGUACCCUUUGAUCUCUGUGAGUGAGUCAGAUUAAUAAAGGAUAGCAGCUUGA